GAACCUGGAAAUGGAAGACGAAGUGAAAUGGGCCACGAAGCUCAUUGACCAAAAGUUGGAAGAAGAAAAAGAGAUAAAUAAACCUCGAUUUCGGAAGAUUGGAGUGAUCGACAUAGACUGCAGUGGAAUCAAUGAAGAGAACAUCAAACCCCCAAUCAAUCGAAAUCUGGCCAACUUGAAGGGUGAAGAUCGAGUGAGAAAGACAUCGGUGGACUUGAGAAAGGAAAUUAUAGACACUGGCGGGAUCCAGAAUUUAAUUGAGAUACGCAAAAGAAGGCAGGAGCGAAAGAAGAAGAAGUCGUUAGUGGUGGCACCAGAACCGGAGCCGGAAGUAGAGGAGAUUACGGGACCGAUCCCCCCAGACACAUUCCUGCAAGCUGCAGUUCAAGGCAAGAUGAACAUAAUUGAGAAGUUUUUGGAGGAUGGUGGAUCUUCAGACACUUGUGAUGAGUUCAAGCGGACAGGACUUCACAGAGCAUCACUUGAGGGUCACAUAGAGAUCAUCAAGAAACUCAUAGACUGUGGAGCAUCCAUCAACUUCAGAGACAGGUUGGAUUGCACGGCUAUUUACUGGGCCUGCCGUGGUGGAAAGCUGGAUGUUGUGAAGUUUCUUCAGGACCAUGGAGCUGAAAUUAAUGUAAAAGACAAGGCCCUGAGUACUCCUCUGCACGUUGCCACUCGUACCGGUCAUGCUGACAUAGUGGAACAUCUUAUUGCCACUGGGGUGAAUAUAAACUCCAAGGACAGAGAGGGUGACACUGCGCUGCAUGAUGCCGUCAGGCUUAACCGCUACAAAAUUAUAAAGAUGCUGAUCAUCUAUGGAGCCAACAUGAUGACAAAGAAUGCAGAUGGCAAAACCCCGACAGAUCUGGUGCAGCAAUGGCAAUCAGAUACCCGGGAAGCGCUAGUGAAAAGGACAAACCUUGGCGGCUCUGAGAAGCAAGUGUAAAGAAGAAAUCAGCUUAGCUGUUUGUUGCUGAAAUGCACAGAACCGGCAGAUAGAUGUCUGGAUGUGACUAGGAAAUGCUUUUAAAAAUGCUUUUUUAAAUGCACAUUGUAU